ACAGGAAAAAACUUCCUUUGUCAUUAUGCGAGGAAGAUUGCAGAAAGAGAAUGAACUAUAGGCUGGAAGUAAGAAAUAAAACGACAAGAUGGAAAGUGAAAAGAAGACAAAAAAAGAGAGAUUGAUAAGUUUGAAUACGGGGGUUUCUGAGAUAAAGCAAUAGAGUAUGAGCAAAUUUUAUGGACAUAUGAAAUUAUUGUAAAUAAAUUUAUGUGAUUAUAUUCAUUGGUUAGUGAGGCAUGACACCAAAUGAUGUCUGAAGAUGGUAGUUCUGUCUUCUUUUCUUGAGCAGGAUAGAAAUGGCUGGGUUUAAUAUCCAGGAGGUCCAACUCUAAUACUAAAGUUAAAGAAUCAAUCAUAUUAGUGAUUGAAUUAUGGUCCUAUCAUUUAUGUAUAUGUAAUUAAAUAAUAAUUUGACCUUCAAACAGGAAUUCAAGUCUCUAGUACUCUUAUUUUGAUUCUUUAUUCCUCAGUAACUAUUUUGUUAAUACGUGAACGUCCCAACGGGGGGACUGUGUUGGGUGGCUCACAUGUUAAAUUGGUUCUCUCGAUAACAAAUAUCACUAUGUGUAUGCCAUCCAACAUGCCAAAUUAUGGUUGCUUCCUGAGAUAAGAAAUUACUUAUUUGUGUCUGUUUUGGAGUCGUAUGCGAAAAUGUUGGUGACAUGGGGAAUCAAGAGGGGUCAAGUCAUAAUCAAAAUUAUGCAACUUCAAAGGCGAGGCUCUUGAAUCUUCUUUCCAUAACUCACCUCCAUUUUUAAACAUUUUUGAGAAUCCCAUCAAUAAAUUUCUAGAAGUAUCCUUUCUAAAUAAGGUUUAAUUCCUAACAAAAGGUUUUUCAAACUUAUGGCCAUGCUGGAAGAACCCUAUGUCUGCGUGCCAGUGUUGUCUUUGUUGUGUUAAAGUACCAUGGUCAAGUGGCUUGGAGCUCUUCAUUUGAACCAUUAGAUAUUGUUUUAAUCCACACAUGCUUAUCCCUUGUACUGUUUUGGUCAUAUUCUCUCUUGUUAUAGCUAGAAGGCUAUAUUUACUGUAGUUUUGAACCAUUUCUUCCUCGACAUGGUAUUCAGACUGGGAUGUGACAAAUCACAAGCAAUUAUAGCAGAUUGGGCAAAACGGUAAAAGUGAGAGAAUUACCUGUGGAGUUCAUUUAAAUGGUUGGUUUCAUUUUGAACUCAUUUGAAUAAACAAUUCCUUCUUAAGAAGGUGGGUUUUCUUCCAAAUAAAUAAGAUUAAGAAACUUUUGCAGUGUGAACAAACCCAAUCGGUUCCCCCUGUAUAGAUUACUAUUUAAUUACUUUUUGCACGUAUCUAAGAUAUGGUUAGAGAGGUUCAUAUUGUUCUUUGAGUUUUAUACUAGUGGUUUCAGAAGAUCAACUGGUAAGCACCUUUCGAUAUCAUUCUUUGUUUAUGUUUAUCUUAUCUUUGUAGUUUCUAUUUAAAAUGGGUGCACAAAGAUCGUAUGUGUUUAGUGGUAGAAGAAAGAAAGAAAAAAGUAUGCGUUUAUGACUCUAAACCUUCACCUGGCUAACUUUGGGAGCAUCUUUAACUGGCUGAGAUAUGCAGAUUAAAUUGAGUUAUUAGGUUGAGGAAAGUUUUUCUUUAUAACUAGAUAUAUGUAAUUAUUCAGGACAUACGAAUACACAUUUAAAAUUUGGUUUGUCCAUUUGUAAUAUUUUGUAUGCUAGAAAUGUAAAUUGUAGUGAUGUUAUGUAUCGAAGGAAUUUCUAAACCUUUAAUUUUAGAUGAAGGAUUUUGGAUUAUUGUGAGAGAUUCUAAACACAGAAGAGUACUUUGAACAAUUUAAAAAUGGUCUUGUUAAUUUUUCCAUUAUAAAGAAGUUUUUGACCACAUUGAGUGGAAAGAUACAUGCCACCCCUAAUGCAAACAAUCUGGCCCUGAAGGAACACUAUCUGAACAACAAUGGCUCCAAAGGCAUUUCAUAACUCUUCUUGUCUGAAUGUCAAUCAUUCCCACCUCCAAAAUGCUUUGAAUCUCUCUCUCUCUCUCUCACCAAAUCCCUAACUAUACAAUCUAUCUAUAUAUCUUCUCUCUCUCUCUCUCUCUCUCUCUCCCUUUCUCUCUCUCUCUCUCCAUCUAUCUAUCUAUCACUCUUCACCACUACCACCACUAUCACCUCAAUAAUGAAGUCAAAUUGGUCCUCCCCUUUGCACUUCACAGGAUAUUGCAGAUGGGUUUCUCUAUAACUCGCCUCCUAUAUCUCCUCUUCUUCUACCCCUGCCUACUAGCUCUAUCUACCCAUAACAUCCACACAGAUCAUGAAGCGUUACUCGCAUUUAAGCGAGGCAUUUUAGACAACAGUUAUGGCAUUCUCUCCAAUUGGGACAGGCACCAUCCUGUGUGCAAUUGGACUGGUGUUUCUUGUAAACACCACAGGGUUACCAUGCUCAACCUCAAAAGAAGCAAUCUUAGUGGAACAAUCUCUCCCUCUCUCUCUAACCUCUCUCGACUCACGACCCUUGACAUCUCAGAAAACCACCUCAAUGGACGUAUUCCAUCUGAACUUGGCCUUCUCUCUAAGCUCUCGAUGCUCGACCUCCAUGGAAACCAGCUUGUAGGUCAUAUUCCGGCUACCCUUAGUCAAUUAUCAGGCCUCGUGUUUUUGAACCUCGGUGGAAACCUGCUUGUGGGUCAGUUCCCAAUGACCUUACUCCAAAAUUGCAGCACCCUGUUUGUCUUGGACCUUUCUGAAAACAAAUUUUCUGGUGAGAUUCCACCUGAAAUUGGGAACUGGUUGCCUAAUAUUGAAGACCUCUUCCUAUAUUCUAAUCAAUUUAGUGGAAAUAUACCGUCUUCUCUUGGAAAUUGCUCAAAUUUGAGCUCUUUGGAUCUCGAAUAUAAUCACCUUAAUGGAGAGUUGCCUUUCGAGAUUGUGCAGAGGUUGCCGAAAAUGGAAUACCUUCAUCUCGCUCAUAACAACCUGGUGAGUCACGAUAACAACACGAAUUUAAGGCCUUUCUUUGUUUCUCUCUCUAAUUGUUCAGGUCUAUUGGAGCUUGAACUCCAAGGAAAUAUUCUUGGAGGUGAGAUUCCAGAUGAUAUAGGCCAGCUCCUUCCAAUCAGUCUCUUGCAGCUGCAAUUGCAAGAGAAUCGAAUCCAUGGAAGAAUCCCACCAAAUAUAGCUAACCUCUAUAACCUGACCCUGCUAAAUUUAUCUGCUAACUUCCUAAAUGGAACUAUUCCACAAGAGAUUAGCUUGCUAUCUAAUCUACAGAGGCUUGUGUUGUCAAAAAACUUGUUAGAAGGAAAUAUUCCAGCUAGUUUAGGAAAUUUGGAUCGAUUGGGAGAACUAGAUUUGGCUGAAAACAAGCUUUCAGGUGAAAUUCCAGCUUCUCUCUCAAAGCUAUCUCAGUUGAGGCGUCUCUUUCUCCAGUGGAAUUCUUUCUCUGGAAGAAUUCCCCCCAGCUUAGGCAGGUGCAUCAGGCUUGAGCUAGUAGACCUCUCUCAUAACAUGCUCACUGGACCCAUCCCAUUUGAAUUUGUGGCAGGAUUGCACAAUCUGUUCUUUUACUUCAAUCUCUCUCAUAAUUUCUUAAAUGGUUCGAUCCCUUUAGAGCUUAGUAAGCUUGACAAGGUUAUUGCGCUUUCUCUCUCGUCAAAUAACUUCUCAGGCUCCAUUCCUUCACAAAUUGGGAGCUGUGUAGGGGCUGAGUCAAUCAAUCUCUCUCAUAAUUCACUUCAAGGGCCUAUUCCUGAGGCAUUAGGGGGCCUUUGGAAUGUCCGAAUUCUCGAUCUCUCCUUUAACCAUCUUUGCGGUGAGAUACCUGAAUCCUUAGAGAGAUGCACAGCUCUAUCCCUGUUAAACCUAUCAUUCAAUGAGCUUAGUGGACCUGUACCCAGUUCUGGUCCCUUCACCUACUUCUCCAAUUCUUCAUUUUCUGGCAAUCCCAAUCUUUGUGGGUCAUUUUCUGGCAUGUCACCUUGCCAGAAUAAAAAAAAGCACAAAUCACACCACAUUAAGGCCUUCUUUCUAGUGAUUGCCAUUGUUUCUUCAACUCUAUUUCUUCUCACUGUAACCAGCGUGUGUCUCUCCAUGGCCUUAAAGACAGUGGGUCCCACCACAACCGAGCAUUCUACACCAAUUGAUAUAAAAUCAAAGUACCCAAGAAUCAGCUACCGAGAGCUCGAAGAAGCUACAAAUGGAUUCGACAAUGAACGACUGAUUGGGUCAGGAGGCUUUGGCCAGGUCUACAAAGGAGUGAUGAAAGAUGGAACAGAGGCUGCCAUAAAAGUUUUGAAUUUGCAGGGAGGGAAUUCAACCAAGAGUUUCUUGAGAGAGUGUGAAGUUUUGAAGAAGAUAAGGCAUCGAAAUCUAAUGAGGAUCAUAACAGCUUGUAGCUUGCCUGAUUUCAAGGCCUUGGUGCUUCCCUUCAUGGCAAAUGGAAGCUUAGAGAGCUAUCUAUAUGGGCCUAACGGUGGGCUUGGCCUUGGACAAGUUAUUAGCAUUUGUAGUGAUAUGGCUGAAGGGGUGGCUUACUUGCAUCAUCAUGCACCAGUUAGAGUUAUACACUGUGAUUUGAAGCCUAGUAAUGUUCUAUUGAAUGAAGAGAUGAUGGCUAUGGUUUCGGAUUUCGGGAUUGCAAGGUUGGUGAUGAGGGUGGCGGGGGAUGGAAGCGUUGCAGGUGGCGAGGCGGCGGUGGAAAACACUGCAGAUGUGUUUUGCGGGUCCAUCGGAUAUAUUGCUCCAGAGUAUGGGUUCGGGAGGAGUCCCUCUGUGAAGGGAGACGUGUAUAGCUUCGGGACCAUGGUGUUACAGAUAGUAACAGGGAAGAGACCAACAGAUGAAAUGUUUGCUGGAGGAUCAAGUUUACAAAGAUGGGUGAGAAACCAUUAUCCAAGACACAUCGACAAAGUGCUCAAUAGCAGGUUAGCCUGUGCUACCAUGGAUCAAAGCCCAGAGGUGAAGAAGAUGUGGGACUGUGCUAUACUAGAGAUUGUGGAACUUGGUCUGCUGUGCACACAGGAAACACCCUCUACUCGACCUAGCAUGCUCGACGUAGCCGACGACCUUGAUCGACUCAAGGGUUAUCUAGCUGGUGAUACAACUGCAACUUUUGCGUCUUCGUUAGGUAUAUCAUCUUCCACCAUAACUGGUGAUGAUGAUGAUUAGGAUUGUGUUUUGAACUGUCUUGUUUGAAGCUGCAUGGGGGCAUGUUUGUACUGUGUAUUUGUCAGGGUUAACGAUGUAUUGAUUUCUUC